AUGGCGAACUUCGCGCCUCCACCAUUACCACCACCUCCGCGAAUCAGUGACCUAGAGAAUGGGUACGAUGCGGGUUGGAUACACGCAAAUGCUAGGCCCCCGCCCGGGUCUACGAAACUCGCGCCUAUUAACCCUAACUCAAGUCUGUUUGGCGACCACCGUCGCCCAGAGUAUCCCUUGCCUCGGCCUGACCCGAUGGCGCUGGAUGAAUUGAAUGGCAGACAAAGCGGUCUACAUUCUGUGAGGAGCCCCGAAGCGCAUAUUAAAAUUGAACCACCUCCGCCUGCCGAUGAAGGUUUCCGCAACUCAAUCUCAAUGGGCACUCCCGGACCUUUUCUCAAAGGCGAACAUGACUUCUCCCGACGAAGCGUCAAAGACUCAUCACAUGCUUAUGAUCAACAUCUCCUAUCUAAGAUUGGGAAACCAGUCUCCCCGCGACAGUCGGUCAGCAUGGGAACAGAUAACAGAGGCUCCUUAUCAACUCUCCCAAUACCGUCAAGGGGAUUCUCAAGCUUGCCUUCACCAGCUGGCUCCGACGUGCCCUCUCUCGACGUGCGGUGGUCUGGUGGUUCUCAUUCUGGUGGUAUAUCUCCAAACACCAAGGUGGCAUGGAGAGAUUACUUGGGCCGUCGGAGCCCAAGCGUUGAAAGCAACGCUCCCUCCUCUACAUUGGACUACGAACACCAUUCCCCGUUCUCCCGCGAUGGUCGCCGUAGAGGCGGUACUACACCACAGUAUGACGAUUUAUCUAGCCUUCCAAGCCGAUCGAACCGAGGUAGCUACGAUCAGAGCGUUGUUUCGGAUAUGGAAGGUGAAUUUUCCACAGACGAAUCCAUGCCGUCACGGUUAUUCAACGUCCGCGAGGCGACUCCGCCGUACCUAGAAGCUACUCGAUCUGGCACUAAACGAAGGGCAUCGUCCCCACCUCGCGAGCCUAUAGGCAAUGAUAAGCAUGCGCUUCACGCCACAACAAGCAACGGCGAUCUCUCUCAGCGGAGGACCACCGGGCAUCCUUUCACCAAUAAUCUAUCGGUAAAUAACGGCUAUACCCAUAGUUACGGAAGUUUAUCGGCCGCUUCAUCCGUGAGCAUGCGGACCACCGCGUCAUAUUCUUCAGUUGCCCCAUCUAUAGGCAGCAGCAUUACUACUGUGUCGACGUACGACCGUUCGCCCACAGGGCUGUCACCAAAAUCUGACCUCGACGCUUUUCAUGAAAAGAUGAUAAACUCCGGCCCGACCGCGGGGUUAUCUGCUCAAUUGGCUGCGCAAACCGCCCAGGACAACGGUUCUCUUGACGCGUCUAGCUCGAAUUCUUCAAGGAAGAUGUCGUUCCCGUCGAAUCUCAGUGUCCCCAAGCCGUCAACGACUAAAAUCGGUGGACUUUACAUCUGUGACUGUUGCCCUAAGAAGCCCAAAAAGUUUGACAGUCCUGAAGAACUUCGUUCCCACGCAUUGGAGAAACAGUACUCUUGUCUAUACUGCAACAACCGAUUCAAGAACAAGAACGAAGCCGAGCGCCACCAAAAUUCCCUUCAUUUGCGACGCCAUUCUUGGUCCUGCGCCGCGCUACCGGGUUACCAAGCAGCAUUCCACCCGUCACCGUCUUCAUCGCAACCCGGAUCAAGCGCUGCUUCUCACGACAGCUGCGGGUACUGCGGCGAAGAGUUCCCAAACUAUCCGCAACCAGAUUGGGACUCACGGUUCGAGCAUCUCACUUCCAUCCACAAGUUUGGUGAAUGCAACAACUCGAAGAAAUUCUUCCGCGCGGACCAUUUCCGGCAGCAUCUCAAACACAGCCAUGCGGGGACCAGUGGGAAAUGGACCAAUAUCUUGGAAAAUGCUUGCAUGAAAGAAGAAGCUCCCCCUGUGCCUAUCAAUGCACCCUCGAAAUAA